CCCCCCCCCCCCCUCCUCGCCCUACUCAUCUCUCACCAUGGUCGACGCCAUUAACAAUGGAGUCGCCGCGGCGAAGCUCAACGGCGAUAACACCGCCAUGAACCUGCCCGAGAAGGAGGCUUUCGACCGUCUCAUCCGUCCCACGGACAGCUACACCGAGAACGGUACCUACUGGGCCGACCUCCCCAUCGGCGAGCGCGUCAAGUUCGUCUCGGCCGUCAACAAGGCCGAGACCAACCGCGAGCUGGGCAACCUCUGGCAGAUGAUCAAGGAUGACCCCUUGUCGCCCAUCGGCUUCUACUUCCGCGAAUACGUCGUUCCCGGUGCCGGUCUCGGUCUUGAGGGUUACGUCCUCUUCUCCAUCGGUAACAUCUCCCCUCUCUUCGACGAUGUCUUCAAGGCUUGCUGGAAGGAGGGUACCACCUGCAACCUGAACUGGAUCGCCGCCAUCACCUACCUCGAAAUCAUCGGUAUCAUCUUCGGUCAGAUCAUGGUUGGUAUCAUUGGUGACUGGAUCGGUCGUCGCUGGGGUCUCAUUCAGGAUGCCACUAUCAUGUUCCUCGGUCUUAUCAUGCUCGUUGCCGCCUGGGGUGUCACCGAGAACGGUUGGGUUAUUUGCUACGCCUGGUCUCUCUGGUUCUACAGCAUCGGUGUCGGUGGUGAAUACCCCAUGACUGUCACCAUCGGCAUGGAGAACGGCGCUGGUUCCGGCUCGGUCACCACCCGCGAGGAUCGUCUCCACCGUGGUCGCAAGGUCACCCUCGCUUUCCUCAUGCAGGGUUGGGGUCAGGUCUUCAACCAGGCCGUCCUCAUGAUUCUCCUCAUCAUUUUCCACCACGGCAGCAUCAGCGCCCCCUACUCUGCCGUCGCCGUCCAGUGGACCUACCGUAUCUCCUUCGCUCUCCCCGCCGUCGGCACCCUGUGGCUCAUCUACUACCGUGCCUACCACAUGAAGGCCGCCUCCAAGCAGCUCGCCAUCAUCAAGAAGCGCAGCCACGUUACCGGUUACGAUACCGAGUCGCUCCGCCUGACCCUCAAGUACUUCGGCCCCCGUCUUCUCGCCACCGCCGGUUGCUGGUUCUUCAACGAUGUCUUCGUCUACGGCAGCAAGCUCUUCCAGUCCGAGUUCAUUGAUAUCCUCCUGCCCAACGAGACCGGCAUCUUCCCUACCUGGGAGUACAACCUGCUGAACGCCUCCGUCUCCCUGGCCGGUUACUACCUGGCUGCUUUCUUCGUUGACCACAAGCUCUACGGCCGCAAGUGGAUGCAGAUCAUCGGUUUCCUGGCUGUCUUCAUCACCUACGUCAUCCCCGCUUUCAACUAUACCUACUACACCGAGGCCGCCCACGUCCACUCCUUCCAGGCCAUGUACUUCCUCGGCUCCUUCUUCACCCAGUUCGGCCCCAACUGCAUCACCUUCCUGGUCGCCGGUGAGGUCUUCCCCACCCCCAUCCGUGCCACCGCCCACGGUAUCUCCGCCGCCAGCGGCAAGCUCGGCGCCCUCUGGGUCGCCAUCCUCUAUAACUACAUCGGUGUCGAGGAGCGCUUCAAGAUCGUCCCCUGGUUCGGUCUUGCCGGUCUCCUCCUCACCUACCUCUUCCUCCCCGAUACCACCGGUCUCGAUCUCAAGGAGCAGGAGCGCCGCUGGGAGUACAUCCGUUCCGGCCGCGAGGCUGAGUACCACGGCCCCGCCAUCCACUCCAAGCAUCUGUCCGUGUGGGAGCGCUUCCGUGGCGUCGGCAAGAACUACAAUGCUGAGAUCGACUACCAGCAGAAGGUCGAGGAGAUGCGCUCUACCUGGGAGGCUGCCAUGAUCGAGAAGACCCAGGAUGAGUCUGGCACCGCCGUCGACACCGACGAGGAGCUCCACGAGGGCCAGGUCCACGAGUACUUCCGUCGUACCUCCCCCAUGUUCGGUGGCGCCGAGAAGACCCUCCCCCGCGAGGAGGGCUUCUCCCUGCCCCCUGCUGCUGAGGAGUAAACGCGCCUCCCCUUUCUUCUCUUCUGGAAAGACUUUUAAUCUUCUUGGAAAACCAAGUUAUACAAAAAAGAAAAAAAACCAAAACCCUCUGCGAUGUGGUAAUGUUGUGAUGUGGCAUGCAUCCUGACGGUGUAGAUUGCAGAAAAUACCCCCUCUACUUUGUGAUAUAAACUGUUCUAUAAACCGUUUUGUGUUUACUCU